AUGGUUAUUUAUCAUUAUUGUAUGUCGAUUCGUGUGUAUUGCAAUGUCAUUGUAUAUACAAACUGCAAAGAUGGUUCGUUUUGCGCAAUUUGGUUGUUAUGCUUAUGGAUUACGAUACGGCUUCGAAAGACUUGGUUUGAUACGGAAAAUAAGACUACAACCAAGGCGAAAACGUCGAUCAAUCAAUUAAAAGAUAAAGAUGACUAUCUUGAGGAGAUGGACACCCUUAAUAAGCUAAAAGUUGAUAUGGAUGACCCAAGGUUGAUCAGUUUAAUAAGAAAUUACUGGAUAGAAAACCCGUCAGACCAACCAUACAAUCUAACACAUCCUCAUGUAAUAGACCCUUCGAUCGGACAAGCUGCGUUUGUUGAUAACCGAUUAAACUUUAAGAAUGACGGAUUUUUCGUGGAAUGUGGAGCACUUGAUGGGGAAACCAGGUCAAAUUCUUUAAUAUUUGAACGCACGAGAAGUUGGAACGGUCUUUUGGUUGAGGCUGACCCAUCAAACUACGAGCUAGUGAAGAAAAAGAACAGAAAAGCAUUUACCAUUAACGCUUGUCUCAGUAUUUACCCAUAUCCAGUAAAGAUGCAAUUCAAAAAAAAUUUCAAUGAAGGUAAGAUAGUACAAGACGAGAAUUCAAAAGGAGAAAGCACAGUGCAUGUCCAGUGCUUUCCUUUCUAUUCAAUAAUGAAGGCUAUAAACGUGACACACAUUGAUUUCUUCAGUCUUGAUGUGGAGGGAGCUGAAUUACAAGUUUUACAAACUAUACCAUUUGGUAAAUUAGACAUUGAAAUGAUGACGGUGGAAUUUAAACACGUUCCAGGAGGAGAAACACAAUUGAAAAACUUUGUAGAAAAUAAUGGGUACUCCUCUCUUAUCAAAAUGUCCCAUUACAAUAAUUUAGCAAAUGAUAUAAUAUUUAGAAAGAAGUAAUAGGAAGUUCUUUAUCGUCAAGGGCUUUGCAUGUUUGGUAGAAAUUAAUUUACUUUGCCUUUUUUUUCAUCUUGUU